CAAUCGAGUUAAUAGUUGAAAUAUAAAUCAAGUAUAAAAUCUUAUAAGAUAUUGAGGCUCAAAUUUUUAAGGCCAAUGGCCAAAAUCAAGAGAACUGUUAAUAAAUUGAAAAAAGCGUUCGAUGUGCACCAACAAUUUUUACAAACCCAAAAAAUCUCUUGCACUUACUCAUUAGUAUACAUCCGAUGUUGACAGUUUAUCAUCCUUGCUGCUAUCGAAUGCACAGGAUUUUUAGCAAUAAGAAUAAAAUUAAUUUCUGAUUGAUUAAGUGCCCAAACUGUUUUGAAUGAAUGAGGAAACGACAAAGUGGAAAAAAGGAACUGAAAUCACUUCUCGAGAAAUCCUUAAUGUCUUAGUGCUAUUUCAAAUCAGUCUUGGAGUCCUUUACGUUGCCAUUACAUUACUUGGAUUUGUUGCUUUGAAAAGAGCCAAAGAACAGCCUGAUAUUUCAAUUCCAGAUCAACAUAUACUGGAAUUCAAUUUGAUUGUAGGAUGUGUUAUGAUAAUAAAUGGCUAUGCAACUCAGAUAUCAAUUAGACGAGGCUUGAUUGGUCUUCUCCUGAUCAGCAUGAUUAUUAAUUUACUAAUAGUCAUCUUCAACAGUUAUGAACUGAAUCGCAGAUUCACUAAGCAAUCCAAGAAUUUCUCUGAAGAGAUCGCUGGACUUAUAUUGCUAGCCUUCCUCGAGUUUGUUCACUACUUCUCAAUUUUGUAUUAUUCAACCCGACUCUUGGUUACAUUACAAAUUAAACGGCAAAGAAUAGCAUCCGAAAUAGAUUUGUCUAGAAAUGAAGAUGUUUUCAAUGCAGCAAGAUCAUUUGAUUCAUUUGGAAUCGCUCGAUUAUCUCUAUCACCAAGACGAAUGAGAGUUUCAAGACAAGCCAAUCGAUUUGGAUUCCCGGUGAAAUUGGAGUUGAAAAAUUUAAGGCCGGUGAGAAUAGAUUAUGAUUCGGACUCGUCGGAGGAUGUAAGGAGUUUUUGAAGGCCAAGUUUUCCGAGGUUGGUUAUUAUCAUCAAUCCAUAUGGCCUGUUGAGAGAAAUCAAAAUGUAUAGCUAUGUUAAUCUAAAU